CGCACUGGCUCUUUCCGUUUAGCGUUUUUAGAGAAGCGUCUGCAAGCAGUUGCCGACUUAAUUUUGUAAUGAUUUGCUGAUAGUUUAAAAGGUUUUAAUCCAAACAUGGCGCUUUCAAUGGAAACUCAGCUGCAGAGCAUCUUUGAAGAUGUGGUGAAAACAGAAAUGAUAGAAGAGGCAUUUGCAGGGAUGUUUAUGAACACACCCGAGGAUGAGAGGACGAAGCUGAUCAGCUGUUUAGGAGCAUUCAGACAGUACUGGGGAACACUGCCACAGGAGUCACAUGAUCAAUGCAUACAGUGGAUAGUUCGCUUUAUUCACAGUAGGCACAGCCCAAGAAGAAUCUCCUUCCUCUAUGACUGUCUUGCUAUGGCUGUGGAGACCAGCCUGUUGCCACCAAGGAUUGUGUGUGUUGCUUUAAUAAACUCAGACAGUUUGGAGUGGGAAAGGACUCAGUUGUGGGCAUUAACUUUUAGACUGAUCCGCAAGAUUAUUGGAGGGGUGGACUACAAGGGAGUCCGGGAUCUUUUAAAGCCUGUCUUGGAUAAAAUACAGACCAUUCCUACCACUGUCAGUUCUGCUAUAGUCCCACAGCUUUUGGCUGCAAGAGAGGUAGUGGAGUAUAUUUUGGACAGAAAUGCCUGUCUGCUGCCUGCUUACUUUGCCAUUACAGAAAUCAGAAAACUGUAUCCAGAGGGACAGUUGUCACACUGGUUACUUGGCAGCUUGAUAUCUGACUUUGUGGACAGUUUCAGACCCACAGCCAGAAUAAACUCCAUCUGUGGGCGAUGUAGUCUUUUACCAGUGGUAAAUAACAGCGGGGCCAUCUGUAACUCCUGGAAGUUGGACCCGACAACUCUUCACUUUCCACUGAAAGGAAUGCUGCCUUAUGACAAGGACCUGUUUGAGCCACAGACUGCUUUACUGCGCUAUGUGCUAGAACAGCCAUACUCCAGAGAGAUGGUGUGCAAUAUGUUGGGACUGAAUAAGCAGCAUAAACAACGAUGCCCAGUGUUAGAGGAGCAGCUGGUGGAUUUGGUGGUGUAUGCCAUGGAGCGCUCCGAAAAUGAGGAGCACUUUGAUGCUGAUGUCGGAGGAACAAGUCAACUGCUGUGGCAGCACCUCUCCUCCCAGCUCAUCUUUUUCGUGCUGUUUCAGUUUGCCAGCUUCCCACACAUGGUGCUGUCACUGCAUCAAAAGCUUGCAGGAAGAGGUCUCAUCAAGGGUAGAGAUCAUCUGAUGUGGGUACUUUUACAGUUCAUAUCAGGAAGUAUUCAAAAGAACGCCCUGGCCGACUUCCUGCCUGUGAUGAAGCUGUUCGACCUGCUCUACCCAGAAAAAGAGUGCAUCCCAGUUCCUGACAUCAACAAACCGCAGUCAACUCAUUCCUUUGCCAUGACCUGCAUCUGGAUCCACCUUAACCGCAAAGCUCAGAAUGACAAUUCCAAACUCCAGAUACCCAUACCACACUCUCUGAAGCUACACCACGAGUUUCUCCAGCAGUCGCUGCGUAACAAGACUCUGGGCAUGUCUGACUACAAGAUCGCACUUCUGUGCAAUGCUUACAGCACAAACUCUGAGUGCUUCACUCUGCCAAUGGGUGUUCUAGUGGAGACCAUCUACGGCAACGGAUCUAUGAGGAUCAACCUGCCUGGCACCAACUGCAUGGCAUCAGGAUCCAUCACCCCACUGCCCAUGAACCUGCUGGAUUCUCUCACUGUACACGCAAAAAUGAGUCUGAUCCACAGCAUCGCCACACGAGUCAUCAAGUUGGCUCAUGCCAAAUCCAGCCAUGCUCUGGCACCUGCACUGGUGGAAACUUACAGCAGACUGUUGGUCUACAUGGAGAUUGAGUCACUGGGCAUCAAAGGGUUCAUAAGCCAGUUGUUGCCCAAUGUAUUUAAGUGUCAUGCCUGGGGAAUCCUUCACACUCUCCUAGAGAUGUUCAGCUACAGAAUGCACCACAUCCAGCCACACUACAGAGUCCAGCUGCUCAGUCACCUGCACAGUCUGGCUGCAGUGUCACAGACCAACCAGAAUCAGCUGCAUCUAUGUGUCGAGAGCACUGCUCUGCGUCUGAUCACAGCACUUGGCAGCUCAGAAGUACAACCACAGUUCACCCGCUUCCUUAAUGACCCCAAGACAGUUCUGUCAGCUGAGUCUGAGGAACUGAACCGGGCCUUGAUCCUCACGCUGGCCAGAGCCACGCACGUCACUGAUUUUUUCACUGGGUCUGACUCCAUCCACGGCACGUGGUGUAAAGACAUUCUCCAGACCAUCAUGACAUUCACACCACAUAAUUGGGCCUCACACACUCUGUCCUGCUUUCCCGCUCCACUGCAGGCCUUCUUCAAGCAGAACAAUGUUCCACAGGAGUCUCGUUUUAACCUGAAGAAGAACGUGGAGGAGGAGUACAGGAAGUGGAAAUCCAUGGCCAAUGAGAAUGACAUCAUCACUCACUUCUCCAUGCAAGGCUCCCCUCCACUCUUCCUGUGCCUGCUGUGGAAGAUGCUGCUGGAGACGGAUCACAUCAACCAGAUAGGCUUCAGGGUUUUGGAGGGAAUAGGGGCUCGUGCACUUGUGGCCCACGUGCGUACAUUUGCAGACUUCCUCGUCUAUGAGUUCUCAACCUCAGCCGGUGGACAGCAGCUCAACAAGUGCAUUGAAAUCCUCAAUGACAUGGUCUGGAAGUACAACAUAGUGACUCUGGACAGACUCAUUCUGUGUUUGGCCAUGCGUAGCCAUGAGGGCAAUGAGGCUCAGGUUUGUUACUUCAUAAUUCAGCUGCUGCUGCUGAAACCAAACGACUUCAGGAACAGAGUAAACGAUUUCGUCAAGGAGAACUCUCCUGAGCACUGGCUGCAGAGUGACUGGCACACCAAGCACAUGAACUACCACAAGAAAUACCCAGAGAAGUUGUACUUUGAGGGUCUCGCAGACCAAGUCAACCCUCCCAUGCAGCUUCAGCCUCAGUACAUGCCAAUCUACUUUGGCAACGUGUGCCUACGUUUCCUGCCUGUCUUUGACAUCGUUAUCCAUCGAUUCCUGGAGCUUCUUCCUGUGUCCAAGUCUCUGGAAACGCUGCUGGACCAUCUGGGAGGGUUGUAUAAGUUCCACGACCGACCAGUCACAUAUUUGUACAACACACUGCACUACUAUGAACGACACCUGAGAGACAGAACCAACCUGAAGAGAAAACUAGUUCAUGCCAUCAUGUCUUCUUUAAAGGAUAAUCGUAGUCCAGGCUGGUGCCUCAGUGAGACCUAUCUGAAGUUUGGUAUGAACCCCAGAGAGGACAACGUGUGGAUCCCCGAUGACACCUACUACUGCAAGCUCAUUGGACGCCUCGUGGACACCAUGGCGGGGAAAUCUCCUGGUCCUUUUCCAACAUGUGACUGGAGGUUCAACGAGUUCCCUAACCCAGCAGCCCACGCUCUGCACGUCACCUGCGUGGAGCUGAUGGCUUUAGCCGUGCCAGGAAAAGACGUGGGCAACGCUCUGCUCAAUGUUGUGCUGAAGAGCCAACCUUUGGUUCCCAGAGAGAACAUUACAGCCUGGAUGAACGCCAUUGGACUUGUGAUCACUGCACUUCCAGAGCCUUACUGGAUCGUUCUGCACGACCGCAUUGUCUCCGUGCUAGGUUCUCCAGCUCUGACAUCAGAGACGGAGUGGGCGGGUUAUCCCUUUGCUCUGCUGGAUUUUACAGCCUGCCACCAGAGCUACAGUGAGAUGAACUGCAGUUACGUCUUGGCGCUGGCACACGCCAUCUGGCAUCACUCAUCCAUCGGGCAGAUGUCACUGAUUCCUAAAUUCCUGUCAGAGACUCUGAAGCCCAUCGUUCAGACAGAGUUUCAGUUACUCUACGUGUAUCACCUGGUGGGACCGUUUCUGCAACGCUUCCAGCAGGAAAGGACAAGAUGCAUGUUGGAGAUUGGUGUUGCCUUCUAUGAGAUGCUCCAGGCUGUUGACCAACAUUGUCAACAUCUCAGCUACAUGGACCCAAUCUGUGACUUUCUCUAUCACAUCAAAUACAUGUACACUGGGGACAGUGUGAAGGAGCAGGUUGAAAAAAUCAUCAUGACACUUCGUCCAGCCAUGAAGCUUCGUCUGCGCUUCAUCACACACAGCAGCCUCAUCGAGACUUCAGCCACAGCCUCAGCCGCGGCCUCCUCAUCCACAGCUUCAUCCUCCUCCUGCUCCUCCACGCCACAGCCUCCGCCCGCCUCCCUCUCAUCGUCCUCCUCUGCUGUUGCUGUUGCUGCAGCUGCAGCUGCUGCCGCUGCUGCUGCUGCUGCUGCUGCCGCUGCGGCUGCUUCACCCUCCUCCACACAACACACACACACGCCCAUGUAGACGUACUGCAAACAUUUUUGGUUUUAAAACAAGGAUCUUGGGAGGCUGCUUGUUUGUCUGUAUCAUUCAAGUUAGGUCAACUUAGAAAAAUGUUAAAAUGGAAAUUAAAAAAAAAAGAUUUGCUCAUUAAAAUGAUUUUGAAAUGGGAAGAGUUGUUGUACAAAAUAAUUAGAAUCAUUUUUAGGAAACAAGACUAAGAAAUACUGUAUGUUUCUUGGUCGUUUUUUAUAUUUCUGUUUGUAGUCAUAUUUAUAUUGUAUGUUAUUAUUAAAAUAAAAGAAAUUGAAUAUCAAUAUGUCAA